AGCACUGUGUGCGAACUUUAGUUAGCGGGUCGGUCUCGAGUCGAGCAGAUUUUAUUCAAACUAAAUUCAAGAUGGCCAUGUGUCACGAUGGUGUCUUGAAGUGUUGUCGUUAACUUUAUUUGUUUUGUGAGAAAAAAAGUGUUUUUCCGCAAUGGCUGACUUAAGUGUUGAUAUAUCAAAGUUGCCGGACGAGAUAAGAGAUAAAUUGGCCGAGUUGGACUUGGAGUUAUCGGAAGGUGACAUCACACAGAAAGGCUAUGAGAAGAAGCGAUCGCGGCUCCUCACGCCAUACAUUCCACAACAACCGCCCCAAGUGAGAUCGGCCGCGGCGCUCCGCUCGCCACCUGGAAGGACCAACAGGCGACUUACGCGGAACGAGAGUCGCUACCACUCGGAGGUGCGACAAGAGGCAGUCCAGCAAGCCCUGGCCGAGAUGCAGAACAGGCCCAAGCCCUCGCUGCCCAUGCCCUCCAAGAGGACCUCAAUGAUGGCCAAGAGCCCUGACAGGGAGAGGCACGAUCUCUCCUCAAGCUCGGACGACGACUCUUGCGCAGGCGACUCAGAGCUCCCCCCACCGCCAGAGCUGGGCUCGCCGCCCGCGCGCCGCCCGGCCGCGCCCCAUCCCCACCCCCAUGCCCACCCUCAUCCCCACCCCCACCCCCACCCCAGGCCGCACGCGCACCCCCUGCCGCAGCUGCACCACUCCCGCGAGCAGAGGGACCGCGAGAGAGAGCGGGAUAGGGAGAGAGAAAGGGAGAAGAAACACGCGCCGAGGGAGCGGACGGAGAUUGACCUGUCGGACAUCACAGCGCACUUGCCGGCAUACGUCCAGCCUGAUGUGACUCACACCUCGUCAGGCGCGCGGCGGGGCGGCGCGCUGGUCGCGGACCGAGUGCAGUGCUACGCGCAGCCCGAGGACUCCGGUACCGGCACCGGGAGGUGGAAGCUUUUAUUGGACUACCCCGUGACGUCAGUGGUUACGCCCUCGGUAUACGCGUAG